AAACAGGAAGUGUCUACGGAGGCCGGGCCGGCGGCUGGGCAGGGGCAGGGCAUGAAGCCGGGCGGCGACCGGAUCGCGGGCGGUGGCGGCGGUGGCGGCGAUGAGCGACAUAGUGGAGAAGACGCUGACGGCGCUGCCGGGACUCUUUUUGCAGAACCAGUCGGUUGGCGGGCCCGCGGGCGUCAAGGCGUCUUUUUCCUCGCGCCUGGGCGGCCUUGUCCGCGGCAUCACCGCGCUAACCUCCAAGCACGAGGAAGAGAAACUAAUCCAGCAGGAACUGAGUAAUCUGAAAGCAACUGUUUCUGCUCCUGCAACAACACUGAAAAUGAUGAAGGAAUGUAUGGUGAGACUUAUAUAUUGUGAAAUGCUUGGAUAUGACGCUUCCUUUGGCUACAUACAUGCAAUCAAGUUGGCACAACAAGGAAACCUUUUAGAAAAAAGAGUAGGUUAUUUGGCUGUUUCUUUAUUUCUUCAUGAAAAUCAUGAACUGUUGCUUCUCCUUGUGAAUACAGUUGUAAAGGAUUUGCAGAGCACUAACCUGGUAGAAGUGUGUAUGGCACUUACUAUUGUCAGCCAGAUUUUCCCUCGAGAAAUGAUUCCAGCUGUUCUUCCAUUAAUUGAAGAUAAACUUCAACAUUCUAAGGAGAUUAUACGAAGAAAAGCUGUUCUGGCAUUAUAUAAAUUCCACCUCAUUGCUCCUAAUCAAGUACAGCAUAUUCACGUUAAGUUUCGGAAAGCACUUUGUGACAGAGAUGUUGGGGUCAUGGCUGCUUCUUUGCACAUAUACUUUAGGAUGAUUAAGGAAAAUUCAUCUGGAUAUAAGGACUUGACGGGGAGCUUUGUAACAAUAUUGAAGCAAGUAGUUGGAGGAAAGCUCCCAGUAGAUUUCAAUUACCACAGUGUGCCCGCACCAUGGUUACAAAUCCAGCUCUUGAGAAUACUAGGACUUCUAGGAAAAGAUGAUCAAAGGACAAGUGAAUUAAUGUAUGAUGUUCUUGAUGAAUCCUUACGAAGAGCCGAGCUAAAUCACAAUGUCACAUAUGCUAUUCUGUUUGAAUGUGUACAUACAGUUUAUUCUAUUUAUCCUAAAUCAGAAUUACUUGAGAAGGCUGCCAAGUGCAUUGGAAAAUUUGUUCUGUCACCUAAAAUAAAUCUCAAAUAUUUGGGACUGAAGGCUCUUACCUAUGUUAUCCAACAGGAUCCCACUCUGGCUCUUCAGCACCAGAUGACAAUAAUUGAAUGCUUAGACCAUCCUGAUCCCAUUAUUAAAAGAGAGACUCUGGAGCUUCUUUACAGAAUUACUAAUGCACAGAAUAUAACAGUGAUUGUCCAGAAAAUGCUUGAAUAUUUACAUCAGAGCAAAGAAGAAUAUAUUAUUGUCAAUUUGGUUGGCAAAAUAGCUGAGCUUGCUGAGAAAUAUGCCCCUGAUAAUGCAUGGUUUAUUCAGACAAUGAAUGCUGUGUUUUCAGUGGGAGGAGAUGUGAUGCAUCCUGAUAUUCCCAAUAACUUUAUGCGACUGCUUGCGGAAGGUUUUGAUGAUGAAACAGAAGACCAGCAAUUAAGGCUUUAUGCAGUUCAGUCUUACCUCACUUUACUAGAUGUGGAAAAUGUGUUCUAUCCACAGAAAUUUCUUCAAGUUAUGAGUUGGGUGUUAGGGGAGUAUUACUACCUCUUAGAUAAGGACACACCAGAGGAAGUUCUAACCAAGCUCUACAAGUUACUUAUGAAUGCCUCGGUUUCUUCAGAAACAAAAGCCUGGUUAAUUGCGGCUGUUACCAAGUUGACAUCCCAAGCACACUCUUCUAACAUAGUUGAGAGAUUAAUCCAGGAAUUCACCAUAUCUUUGGAUACUUGUAUGAGACAGCAUGCAUUUGAAUUAAAACACUUACGUGAGAAUGUGGAACUUAUGAAGAGCUUGCUUCCAGUUGAUAAGAGCUGUGAAGACAUGGUGGUAGAUGCUUCUUUAUCUUUUCUGGAUGGUUUUGUGGCCGAAGAACUUAGUCAGGGGGCAGCACCUUACAAACCUCACCACCAACGGCAGGAGGAAAAGCUUUCUCAGGAAAAAGUUCUCAAUUUUGAACCAUAUGGACUCUCCUUUUCUUCAUCUGGCUUCACUGGACGACAGUCUCCUGCUGGCAUUUCUCUUGGUUCAGAUAUAUCUGGGAAUAGUGCAGAGACUGGGCUGAAAGAGACAAAUAGCUUGAAGCUGGAAGGUAUAAAGAAACUGUGGGGGAAAGAGGGUUAUCUUCCCAAGAAGGAAGGCAAAACUGGGGAUGAAACUGAAGCUCCACCUGUUCCUCAGGAGAAUAUAAUAAUGGAGACUGUAGACCAAACUUUAAUAAAAAAAGACCAGUGUCAAGUCCUUACCCAGUCUAAAGAGGAGAAAGAAAAGCAGCUGCUGGCAUCAUCAUUAUUUGUUGGGCUAGGAUCAGAAAGUACAGUCAAUUUGCUAGGAAAGGCAGAUACCGUAUCUCACAAAUUCAGAAGGAAAUCAAAAAUCAAGGAAACCAAAAGUGGAGAAACAACCAGUGCUCAUAAUAGGACCUGUUCUUACUUUAGUUCUUCGUCAAAUGCAACUUAUGAAGAUGAUUAUUAUUUGGAUACUUUGCAGGAUAGAGGAGACAAAGAAUUAAAUAAACUUUCUCUCAACUCUGGACUUUUGGAUUCUGAGUCACUCACAGAGCUGCCCUCAGUUGAGAAACUCUCCAAUUGCAAGCUGUCUUCAUCACCUUCUUUGUUUACUGAUAACAGCAUGGAAGGUUUUCAGCCUUCUCAGUCCACUGCACCCUCAGUUGCUAAUGAAACCUCUUUAGCUUCUUCUUUGCUGGAAGAAACUUCUGAACACAUGCAUUCAGAUCUUGUGGAGGUUUGUCAUAAUGAAACCAUAUCAUUGUCUUCUUACAAAAUUUGGAAAGAUGAUUGUUUAUUCAUGGUCUGGUCAGUUUCUAAUAAGAGUGGUUUGGAAUUGGAAAGUGCUGACUUAGAAAUUGCUCCAGCAGAAAAUUUCAAGAUCACUGAGCAACCUGGAUGCCGCUUGCCUAUAAUAGAAGCAGAAAGCAUCAAAACCUUUCAAUAUAGCGUGCAGGUGGAGAAACCUUUUACAGAAGGGAAUCUUUCUGGUUUUAUAAAUUAUCAGAUGAUGGAUACUCAUUCUGUUCAGCUUGAAUUUUCUGUAAACUUAUCACUAUUAGAUUUCAUUAGACCAUUAAAAAUCUCAACUGAAAACUUUGGCAAACUCUGGUUGUCCUUCGCAAAUGAUGUGAAGCAAAAUAUAAAAGUGUCAGAAUCUCAAGCUGCUCUGCCUUCUGCCCUAAAGACCCUGCAACAGAAACUAAGACUUCAUGUUGUCGAAAUUAUAGGCAAUGAAGGGCUUUUGGCCUGUCAGCUACUGCCAUCCAUCCCCUGCUUGCUGCAUUUUCGAGUUCAUGGUGAUGUAUUAGCCCUGUGGUUCAGAUCCUCCUGCUCUACUCUUCCUGACUGUUUACUGUAUCAGUGUCAAAAGGUGAUGGAGGGAUCCUAGCAGAAGCUCUUAUAUUUUACUCCAUCAGAAUAAAUGGUUUACAUAGAUAAACUUAUUUACCAAAGUAAAAACUCUUGGUACUUCUAAUGAAAAUGGGGAUUAUUAUAAGCUGUGGUUCGAUGUGUUUUCUUUAUGAAUCCUGAUCAAGAAAGAUCCCCAAGGAACUGUAUCCUUAACCUUUUACUCAGGAUUGUACAGUACAUUUGGGUCCCAAAAAAAGUGACCUAAACUAAUGUUAUAAACUGCUAAUGAUUUAUAUGUCACUUAGUGUAGAGGGACUGAAAAUAUUUAUUUUGUUAUAAAUAAUUUUGUAGCAGAUUUACUCUAGUGCUAGCUGAUUUGUAGUAAAGCCAAGUCUCAGUUCUCUGCAUUAAUGGAGGGGAGACAGACAUGGCAUUGGUAAUCCCAGACCUAAUUCAUAUUUGGCUUUGGAAUGCAAUGUGAGCUUUUUGAUAGGCAAGUCAUUACUUUCAAUUAUGUUUUGCUUAGAUCAGUAUUGAACUAAGUUGGCACAGCACACACUAACAGUUCAGGAGAUCCAUGAGCAUGCUGGAUAUUGGGGGGAUUCAGUCUGUGAUAAAGUUUUUAUUGUAGAUAACUGGUUACACAUGCUUGUAGAUAAUUUGGCUACAAAUUUGUUUUCCCACUUGCAUUUAUUUUCAAAAUUCAAAGUGAAUCACUAUUCUUAUUUUAAAAACCCAGA